GCACUCUAAAAACAGUCGAGCCGAAGAUGGCGACGUGUGAGCGGCGGCGUCCGCGCGGUGUUUAGGUCGGGAGAGAGUGAGAGAGGGUACCAUGUUGCCGCGGUCGCAGUAUCCGCAGUGUUUCCGUGAUCCGCGUUAGGCUCGGUGCAAAUGUAGGAAUGUCAGAGGCGAAACGGGUACCCCUGCAGACCCUGGAGUUCCCGGAGUCCCUGGGCCACGCGACGAAGAAGGAGAAAAAGGGGAAUAUGGGCAAGCAGCUCGCGCCCUCCUUCCGCUUCACGCUCACCCUGCCCGAGUCGAACGAGAAGACAUGCCCCGAGUUCAACUACGCACAGCUCAUCAAAACGGCCGAGAAAAAACGAAGAAAAGAACAAAAGGAUGGGGAAGAGAAUGCGACCAACGGAUUGGACCCAUUCGAUGAUGAUGACGAGGAUAAGCUUAGAGACAUGGCAAAACGAUUCGAAGCUAAAUAUGGAACAUCUACUAUGGGGAAAAAAAGACACAAAUACGAUGAUUAUGUGGACUUGGGCGCAGGGUAUGACGAAAACGAUUCCUUCAUCGACAAUACUGAUGCUUAUGAUGAAAUCGUACCCGAAGAAAUGACCACAGCCCACGGUGGUUUCUACAUUAAUUGCGGCGCCCUUGAAUUCAGAGCAGCCGAUAGACAUUCAUUAGUUCAUAAUAAUAAUAAUAAUAACAACAACAACAACAACAACAAUAGUGACGAUGAUGAAAGUAGCGAAAGCAGCGAGGAAGAUACCGAAGAUGUAGAUAGCCCUAAAAGAAUAGACAAGCGAAUUAUUAGUUCAUCGGAUGACGAUGAGACAGAGGAUAUUACUAGUGAUAAUCCACGAAAAAGACGGAAAAUUGAAGAAAGCAGUGAUAAGAAAAAUAACCACGAAAAUAAUAAACGAAAAAAAUCAACAAAUCAUCCAACACAAGAUGCGCAACAAAAUUCUCAACAAGAUUUAGAUAUUUUGAGACGGAAGGAGAAGAAUGAGACUACGGAUGCUGAAGGUGGCACAGCUUCGGAAGAUCAAGAGGAGAAGAAAAAGCCUGAUAAAGUAGAAAAAAACAAGAUAAAUGAGAAAAAAUUUGAUAAAAAGUUUGAGAAGAAAUCAUCUAAUAGUAAUGGAUACGAUGCGAAGAAAAUAGAUCUAAAAAGAUUGUGCGGUAAAGACAGCAACAUCGAUGAUGCGAUAGAAAGCGUUGUCAACGCAGCUAGAGGAGUUGAAGAUGAUUCGAGUCGUGAUACAACGGAUUCAGGAAAAUCUCGUGUUUGUCUUUACGUCGAAUCUGACGGAGAAGAGAUGGAGAAUAAAGAAGCGUCUUUGCCCGACAAUCUUCCAGAGGAUAUAAAAGAAAUAGUGAAUAAAUUAAAGGUUCAGGCGGAGAACAGCAAAGAUAGUAAGAGUAAAUUUUUCAAUGGCGCAAUUAACGAAGUAUUGUUUAAUUUAGAGAAGAAACUACGAAUGUUGAAUUUGCCUAGCAUAAGAUUACAAACUUAUGGUCAUCUAGUACGUUUUUUGCCGUGCAGUAAGAUUACUCUUCUCAGUAGGGCCAAGAAACUUUAUUUAAAAGAUGCUGAAUACAGAGUGAAUGAACCAAUGCAAAAAUUAAAAACUCUCAUUGAUAACGUCAUGCCAUCAGUUGUAGAAAAAUACAUGAAGGAGUGUCAGAAAGUUGCUGAUGAAAAUCCUCAAUUAUACUGGGAGAUAUAUCGGUACUGUUGGGGCUUUGAAGGAUCUCCUGCAGAUGCAGAGAGUAGUGACGAAGAAGAUGGGUCUUCUAAAAACACGGAAAAAUCGAAAAUACCACGUAAACGAUUUCCAUGGACUGAUGAAGCCAAGAAACUAGUCCUUGAAAUUGCUAAUGCCAGGAGACAUUAUUUCAAAAUUCUAAGACCAAGAAAGGAGAGUAUGGAAUCGUUUGUUGCUACCUUUAUGGAUACAAAUGUUUUGCCAUUGUGGCCAACUGGUUGUGUACGAUUACAAACUUUGUUAAAAUAUGCUAGUCCUGUUGAACCUGUCAUUAAGAAGAAAUUUAAAAAAUCAAAAGAAGUGACCAACGCAAAUAAUAUUGCCACUACUGGAAAUAUUCAAACUUGCAAUUCUGUUGCAAAGAAUGAUACGGCAAACGCGAAUAAUGUUUCGACUCAAGAAAGCGAGAAGACAAAUGUAUCCAAAAUUCAAAUUAGUGGUGAAAACAAUCCUUCAACAAAUCCUUUAAGUCAAACAACAGCAAAGUCUAACGAUGUCAGUACUGAUAAGAAGCAACAUAGUAGUAAACAUAAAGAUAAGCAUGUAGAGAAUAAUGCGAGCCAGCAACAGGAAAGCGCUAUUGUUGCCGUCAAUAAUUCUACAGUUGGUAAAAUUUCCGUCGUACCUACGGCACAGUUAAUGGCUCAAAAGCCAGCCAAGAGUCACGUUGAGAAAUUUAAUCUCAUGGAUCUAACCAGCAGCUCUCUGUCUAUCACACCGGUUAAUGAUUAUCAUAAAUCAUCGGCAAAGAUAACUGAAACAAAGAAAGAUAUAGUUUCCAUUACAGCGUGUCCGGAACCCGUGAGUCAUUCUAAACCAAACGAAAUUUCUCAAACUGGACAUCAUUCUGUGUAUAGACAAGAUAACUAUUCAUCAGCACAGGUAUUAAAACAUAGAUUCCUGCAAGAGAAUGCUGAUGCUAAAUGCGAUAAGAGAUUAGACGAGAAAGAUGACACGGUCAACAAGACUGAUAAAAAGGACAAGAGAAGAGAGCGAUGUGUGGAGGUAAAGCAUAAAUCGUCACAUGAUCCAAAGAAAAGGAAAAAGGAUCAGAAGGUUAUGGAGAUAGGGCCUAUUACCCAAGAUGUAGUGCCUAUGCCACAGCAAACGACUCUUUCGAAGGAAGAACAGGAACAAAGGCAAAACGAGGAAACGAUCGCUGCGACUAAUUACCUCAGUCAGAUCAUAAAUGAUGAUUCUUCGCCGCGAGGAUUAACGGAUAAACGGAAAGAUGGUUUUAUUACAGAUGAUACUUUAGGAAAUAUAGUACAACCGACAGAACAGGAGAAAGAUGUUCAGAUGGUAAUGAGAUCGUUAAAGGAAUUACAGGAGUUACAAGAAAUGAAAUAUUCGCCUAGUAAUUCGCCGGUCGGUAAUACUACUCAAAAGCCUGGUAAAUCGAACACAUCGUACAUUACUUAUCAGGAGGAUUAUCAACGAUUGUACCUCAAGAAGGAGGAUAAGGUAAGAUCUAAGGAAGAAGCGCAAUGGUAGAAAUGAUAUUAUAUUAAAUCCGUUUAAAGCGUAAAUCACUUAUAUAUGAACAUAUUAUUUUCAUGAGAGAUAAUUAGGCGGAACUCUCGAUAUUUAUAUAAUUUCUUUUUUCUUUUCAUAAACGAAAGCGAAAGCUGACCGAAACUUCUUCCAUUUAUAUGAUGCGUCAUUGCUGACGAAAUAAAAAGUAUGCAACAGUAUAGGUCUAGCUGUUAUAUUGCGUGCGGCGUAAGAAUUUUCAACAAACAAAAAAACCGUCAAAUUA